UGCUAAAUAAGGUCGCCAGAAAAUCUCAGUUUGGGGUACAUGGAGCGAGAGAACGAGGUAACAGAAAAAGAACGGAGAGACCAAGGGAAGCACACCUUAGCGCGCAUGUAGCAUGAAGUUCAGCAACGUUACACGGUAUUUAAUUAUCUCUCUCAUACACGUACAUUUGAAGCGCUGCUGGAUCCGACCGCAAUUGCCGUUGCAAGAGAUUUUGGACACAAUGAUUCAAGAGUGAAGGUAUACUUUCAUGAAACUCUGCAGUGACAUACGUAGGACUGGCCUUGGGAACCCAUCUCCUCUUCCACUGAGCCCUCUGCAGGGCCGUGUUGGCCCCUCUUAACCCCCUCCUGCAGCGCACCAACAGAUCCCCCUCCCUUAGAGGAAAUGGCCGAUCAUCAUCAUCAGGUCAAGACUUCCUUCCUCUUUAUUCGACUGCAGUCGCCCUCUAAGGCCCAUGGCCUGCCGUAUCCUGCUGACACUGCCAGCUCCAUCGCCACAGAGGAAGGAGGGUCGACGAACAACUCGGCUGGAGCUAUAGUGACAUCCACAGCUGUAGCCGCGGCACCCAUCCCACCUGAUCACAUAGAGGACUGCAGUGUCACGGCCUUGAGAGUAGACGUCAACUCAAAUCAAGAAAUAGACGAAAAAGCCAGAGAGAGAGGGGAAACAUCCGAUUAUUCAGCUCAUGCUGGAGAUGUGGCUUCAGUUGUCUCAGGAGACCCUCAGACUCAGAACUACCAGAACUCAUUGUUGAAAGCUGAUCUGGGAUCAGUGACUGGAUUACAGGACCAUAGUCUCAGUACCUCGGAGUCAGAUUUCCCAGUUUGGAUCCUGCGGGAGGACAGUCCUCGGACAAAAAUGAACAAGGACAAUCAACAGCCACUAGCGGGGACACCAACCACCGCCACCAACCCAGCACCCCCCUCUCAAGCUUAUUCUGCGGCACCACGGGUCAGCUUCCUGCACCCAGCAGAAGGAUCCGUGCCCGACACCCACGGGCCCAAGGCCCCUGAGAUGGAGAGGGACAAGCCAAGCCAGAAGCCUUUCCACCAGGCCCCGGCCCCAGCCCCAGCACCUACCCAACCCAACGUGGCUCCCAGCCCCCAUCACCCUAGCAGCACUAACAGUUGGGUUAGCAGUGCAAAGCAGAAGGAGGCUGGUGAGAAGCCAAGAGGUCCACAGAGUGGUUCACAAGUGUUCCUUAGAAGUCCAGAAGAGCGCAAGACCUUUCUGUAUGCAGUCAAGGAGAGGUCCUCAAAGAUACCUGGAGAUACGUACAGGAAUGCAGUGACAAGGAGUCUCUCCACGUCUAUAGCUGUCACUCAACCCAGUGUUGUGACCUCACCGGCUUCUUCUUCAGAGCCUUCUGUGGUGAGCUCAGCUAUGUCAAAACCCACAGUCUCAACAGUUGCUGCUCCAUCCUCUGUGAUCAGUGCUGCUCGUCCCUCCAUGAUAAAGCCUGUUCCAGCUCAGAAGGCUGAAACGUUUGUUUGGGUUAACAGCUCGUCUUCACACGCUCAAAGUGUUGCGAAGGCCAAGUACCAGUUUCUCUUUGGAAAAGGAGACGAGACCAGCUCUACUGAAAGUGUUUCAGCAUCAACCUCUCACGUCUUAGCGGACGAGGGGAGUAGUAACACCAGUCUAGACGCCUGUCUCCAGGACGAUGACAUCGAUGAAACCUCGCUCUUCCUGGAGAUCGACCGUGAGCUGGCCAACCUGCUGAGUGGCCUCAGCGCCAGGAGCCAGAAUGCUCCAGCCGCCCACACCCAACCUGAGGACAGCCUACACCCAGCGGACAGUAGUGAACAGCAGAGCGCAGCCAUCAUGAUCCCCUGUAGCGGUCAAAACGGGGCCUCGCAGGAUGUGGCCAGCCGGACCACAGAGAGAAACGGUGAGGAGAAGGAGACCAAUGUGGACCCUGACAUGUCUGGCCUGGUCCUUGAUUCACCGGGAGACCCACUCCUCUCGCCCACCUUCCUCCUGGACUCGUGGACAGAGGCGCUGCUGAAAGAUACGGCUUCCCUGAGCUCAGCGGCCCAGAAGGCCUUGGGCGUCUCCACCGUGGCGGCCGAAGUAAACGGGGACUUCAGGAAUGCGCCCGCUGCGAACUGCCAAGAAAAAACAAGUGCCGGCCUGACGGCUGCUGCAUUCACAUCUGGGCCAUGCUCAGGAGCGGGUGAGGUACCCGUGGUGGACCAGUCUGAACCUCCCAGGAGGGGUUUAGAGGCAACGACCGAGCCUGCCGGAGGGGGGCUGCUCCUGGACGAGGAGUCCAGUAAAAUCCUGGCCGAGAUCCCCGGCAUCUUCACCGCCUUCCUGGACGGGGGCCAGCUGAGGGAGAAGCCCCCUAAGAAACUGCGAUUUGCGGAGAGCCGGCCAGGGAGCACGACGACGGUGGUGGCGGCGACAGACGUUUGUGGUCAGAUGGGACAGGAGCGAGGGAGCGAGGACUCUGAGAAGGGACUGGAGGGAGGUAGGAGCUGCAGCAGUCUGAAGGUAGAGAGCUCUGUGGACAGUCUGAGUCCUCUAGAGAGACUGUCCUGUCGGCUGUCCCUGGAGGACGAGGUGUUCCGGGUGCUCCCUGGCAUAUUUGUGCACCAGAGCCCCGAUGGAGACGUGGCACAGGAGCCCAGCUCAGAUAGGAGUACGAAGACCAAUGGCAGCGAGGACCCUUCGGAUAACCGGGAUGGCAAGGAGACAUCGGAGAGCCAGGAGGCCACCGACGUCUUCAGCUCGCAGUUCGAGAGCAUCCUGGAGUCAGACCGUUUCCGUAGCACCCUUUACAGCAGCCUGGACUCUCUGGAUGCCCUGUCUUCCUCGGCUGACGACGAGGCGGACUCGGGCUUCACUUUCGACAUGCCCCUUACUCCCAUGAUCCAGCAACGCCUCAAGGAGACGGGCCACUUCGCGGAGUUGUUGCCCGACGCGGGGCGCCAGGGGGAGCGCCAGGAGCUACUCAGCGUCACGACCACGGGGAAGGGCGGGAAAGCCGCCCUGGAAGUGACGUCGUCCUACCUAGAGGAGGUGGUAGCGAGUGGGGACCCCGCUUUCAGCGGCCAAUCAGAUAAACAUUCCAGCGGACCCCUGGCCAAUGGGGUGGAGCGGGACCCAAAGGACUGGCUGCACGGCUGCCUGAGUAGUGAUGCAGGGCUGAAGACAGCGCUGUCGGACUGGGACUCAGAAAUGGGCAGCACGGAGCGGCUGAAGGACAGCACGGACACACUGCUCAAUGGAAACCGAGGAGACCAAGAGGGGGCCCAGCGCCUCGCACGACGCCUCUACCACCUGGAGGGCUUUCGCCGCUCCGACGUGGCCAAGCACCUGGGCAAGAACAAUGACUUCAGCAAGAUGGUUGCUGAAGAGUACCUCACAUUUUUUGAAUUUACAGGGAUGACAUUGGACCAAUCUCUCAGAUCUUUCUUGAAAGCUUUUGCACUAAUAGGCGAAACCCAGGAGAGAGAACGGGUUUUGAUCCACUUUUCCAAUAGGUAUUAUCAAUGUAACCCCACCGUCAUCUCCUCACAAGAUGGAGCCCAUUGCCUUACAUGUGCUCUGAUGCUGUUGAACACGGACCUUCAUGGCCAUAAUAUCGGGAAGAAGAUGACAUGCCAGGAAUUCAUCAAUAACCUGGAAGGGUUAAAUGGAGGACAAGAUUUCCCCCGAGAGCUCCUAAAGGCCUUGCACAACUCAAUCAAAAACGACAAGCUGGAAUGGGCCAUAGAUGGAGAUGAGCUGAAGAAGUCUCUGUCUGAGCUGGCAGACAACAAGGACAAUAAAAGUAUCACGCGGAUCAGCAGUGGCAGUAACCCCUUCCUGGACAUUGCCCACGACCCCAACGCCGCAGUCUACAAAACAGGCUUCCUGGCCCGCAAAAUCCACGCCGACAUGGACGGCAAGAAAACACCAAGAGGAAAGCGAGGCUGGAAAACAUUCUAUGCUGUUCUCAAAGGAAUGAUCCUCUACCUGCAGAAGGACGAGUACAAGGCUGAGAAGGCCCUCUCAGAGGAGGACCUAAAGAAUGCCAUCAGCGUCCACCACGCCUUGUCCAUCAAAGCCGUGGACUACGAGAAGAAGCCCAACGUGCUCAAGCUCAAGACAGCCGACUGGAGGGUCUUCCUCUUCCAGGCCCAGAGCCCAGAGGAAAUGGACUCUUGGAUCAGAGUAGUCAACUCUGUGGCGGCCAUGUUCUCUGCCCCCUCGUUCCCUGCUGCCAUUGGCUCUCAGAAGAAAUUCAGCCGUCCACUGCUACCGGCCACCACCACGAGGAUGUCACAGGAGGAACAGCUGAAGUCUCACGAGGCGAAGCUGAAGCAUGUCUCCACAGAGUUGGCCGAGCACAGAUCCUACCCUCCUGACAAGAAGGUCAAAGCCAAGGAGAUCGACGAGUACCGACUCAAAGAGCACUACCUGGAGUUUGAGGAGAACCGCUAUGAGAUGUACGUCAAGCUCCUGAGGGAGGGUGUGAAGGAGCUGCUCAUUGGCAAAGAUGGCGACGCGGGCCUCAAGAAGUCCCAGUCCAGCCCCUCUCUCAACCAGGAGGGCCAGCCGGCCGCGGCUAAAGUCAAACGCAACACCUCGGAGAGGAGACCCGAGACGCCGCCCAAGGUCACAUAGGAAGCUACCCCCCCUCGCGAGCCUGUGAAAGAGCCAUGAAUACGCAACAAAAGUGUGUGAAUAUAUUUUAUGUAAUUUAUUUAUCUGGCCACUGUUGUAACAAAAACAGUUGUGUAAAAUGUAAAUGAUGAAUACUCGUCCUUAAAUUGACUGGCGUAGCAUUUUUGUAUGGAAACAUUGCAUUAUAUGUUUGUGGUCCUUUUAUUUUGAUGUUGAUGUCAUUCUUGUAUUGAACGUAAUAUUUUUUUGUUGUGACGCAUUUGACUCUUUAUUGCUUUAUUCAAUAUCGCUGUAUUGUUCCUUCCUCUCAUAAAAACAAUUUAUUUGCCUUUCAGUCAAGAGAGAGGAUUUUUCUUGUCUCCAAUUUAGUGAAAUGACCAACGCUAGCUCUUAGAUGUAUAAAUAGUAGCUAGAUGUAGAGUGGUCUUACUCAGAAGUUUUAAUUUUGAUAUGUAGUUUAAGUAAACAUUGAACACAUUGAACCAGUUAAGUUGAGAGUAUUUUACACAAAUGGCUUCCAUUGAGAAUAGGCAGGUGAUUUCGACAUCCAAUUUCCUCCCUGCUUUUCCUCAUAGACCUUUUUAAGGUUCAUUUCUCCUGGGAAUGUUUAUUUUUCAUACAGAAGACGCACCAAGGAGUAAAUCCUGGAAAGGGGUUAAUUGUGGAUUUAAAAAAUGUGGUUAGGAUCUUCAAUCUCUUGCCUCUCAUUUACAACAGGAAAAACAACCCCAGAUAUAAAACACAGUAAUAUCCUUAGUUGUGUGGAAGGCUGCACUAUCAUGUUAGAAAACGCAGUUCAAAAGAAUUCCAAUCCCUAAUUUUGCACAUUAAUGAUUUGGGAUGUUUAAACAUAUUCCCCAGAUUGGGUCAGUCGCAGCUGCAUCCGUAUCUUUUCAGACUGCAGUAUUUCACUGAUGUUGGACUUAAGAUCAGAGUUUAUGCAGCUGAGCCAUUUUAUUUUUUUUUUAUCCUUUAUGGCAAAAAAUAUUUCUGCUUUUUGAGUAGUGUAAAGGCCAAUGCCCCUUGUCUUUUAUAAUCGUAUGUAUUUUAGAUUCUAAGUUGAAAACUAUUGUUGUAAAGAUCAAAUUUAGUAUUUAUAGUGCACUUUAUAAAUGACUUCUUUUUGGAUAUUAUAGAGAGCUUUAUAAAGGUUAGACUGCUAUGUUUCUUUGACAUCACAGGUUUUUCAGGCAGAACUCAACUAUUUUUGUUUUCUUGAAGGUACUUGAGCGCGACAGUUCAGUAGGUUUCCGUCAGCUCAACUCGUAAUGUUGUCUUAGUUUGUUUUAAGUGGUUCAGUAGUUUUGCUGUCCUAGGUAGAUUUGUUGAAUGACAAAGUUUCCUUUUAGGGAACGAUUUAUAGAUCUGUACUUUGCAAUUAUUGCCUUUUUCCAAUGCUGGUGAUAUUACAUUUAUAAUAUCAUUUACACAUUUUCAUUAGAAAUAUUACUGACAUUUUGAACGACAAGCAUUUAGUUAGACAUUGGAUUGUAUGUCUACACUUCCACAAUGGACUUUUGCAUACCAACAUGUGUUUCGUCCUUACCAAAAUGUUUGCGUUUUUUCAUGUAUUGAAGAUUUUGGAAGGUAUUUAGCUUUUUAACAUGUUAUGAAGAAACAUUUGUAAUGAUGCAAAGCCAAUUUGAAAAUGUACUUGUUUUUGGAAGAAAUUAGGCUAGUACCGAGUCUUUACAGUUUAAAAAAAUAUAUAUUGUUUACUUUAAAUGUUUUAUUAUUUACACUUUAUUUUAUUACCUAUUUUCUCUUAAAUUCACUACGAUGACACCCAAUAGAAUGUCUUAGUAGAGCUCGAUGGUAAUAGCCAACUAAAUAUACCUAUAUCCGUAAUGCAUGUUUUUAGAAAAACGUUCUACAGUAGUUUGUGCUAGCUAGCUAGUGUGCAAACCUUUUCCUUGGAAAUUUUCUCCUCACUUAGUGGCACUAUUUUACCUGUACGAUUAUUGUGAAAGUUAGUGAGUGUUUUUCACAUUGAAGCACUUAAUAUAGACAAUACAUGUGGUACAUUUAUCAAAGGUUUCAAGUUAAUAUCACGAGACCUUAACAGCUGAUUCUGUUAAAUAAAUGUGAGGAUAGUAUUUUUAUUUAUAUACAGAUGUCUAUAUGAAGAGGUCUACCCUUGAAUUCAUUUUGAUAUAAUAUUAAAUGUUUUUUAUUCUUUUAACCUUUUUGAUAUUUUAUCUUAAGACGACGGCUGACCCCUUGACAUCUAUAGUUUAAAAUUCCUCCGUAGUUUAAACGUAAUCCCAGUAUUUUCUUAUGCAGAUACAGUAAUCCUUUGUUCAGACAUGUUAAAUGUAGGAUUUAACAUGUUGCUGUUUAUCAGUUGGUACACUUAUUACAUUUGCCCAUUUCAGAGGAUUUUAAGUAAAUACAGGCUUUUGUUGUAAUGACAAAUUAGCGUAAUCUGUGCUUCUGAGUGGAAUGAUACAUAAUCUACGUCUAUAGAUGGAAUCUAUAAAACUCAUUUAAACAGCUGUGUAGUACUAUCUUACCAGUGGAGUGGAUUGUGUUCAUGUGGAACGACUCAACUAAAGCACUGUUUCAAUUGACAUGUCAAAUCCCACCUGAUGUAAUUUCUGAUUUGAUAUUAGAUGGUCUGGAGAAGGAGUAGCGAAGACUGCACAGUAAAUGCGUCAAUAUGUGACAUUAUUUUCCAGUUUAAGACUAGCAGUGAGCCUUAUCAGGCAUCUUGUUACCUUUCCCUUAACAUUUACAACAUUUCUCCAUAUCACUUCAAUGGGGUGGCUUAUUUUUAGCACUUACCUCUAAUGCUUCUCUCAACCAUAUCUGGCAUAGCCUCUGUACACUGGCGAAUCACUUGUGUUAGAAUAGACUCAAUCCUGCACCUCUGUCUGAGAAGACAGACUGUGUGCCCUAUAGAUUCCCAUGCCUCUUGAUUGUUCUAUACCGUAGAAAACAAUGCAACUAAGCCUCCGACGAGGCUCUUUCUCUCUACACGUACGUACGCAUCAAAUAUCUCUGAAAGCUGUGAUCCUGUACAAUCCUUUAACUCUGUAAAUGUUGUUAAAUAUAACUGUUGCCCUGUGUGUGUGUUUUUUUUCAAAGGCCCAGGAUUGCAUUGUUUGGUUGUUCAAGUGAUCUCUUCUUCGGCCCAGAGCGUGUCUUACGCCCUUAGGUCAGGAUUGGUAACACUAUGUCGGUGGUAAUACAACUGUAGGUGGUUUCAAUUAAUAAAAUACUGUACUUAAUUGAA